AACAUCAGUAACAUUUCAUAUCGAAAUUUUUCCGGUGCCCUACCUACGUGUCCAAAGGAAAAAAAUGAAAAUUACCCGGUGUUCAACUUUUUUACUAUUAAUUAUAUAUUCAAUUUGCUUAAUACAGGCAAAAAUAGUUAAUAAAAAUGUCGAGCGAUCCCUGGAUAUAUCAACCCAAUUGAUUAAGGACCUCUUUAAAAUAACAGCAACUAACAGCGAUGGCUUGCCGAUUAGCGUGUACACGUUCAUUGUACCAGCAGCAGAACGUAAAAAUUUGGCUUUUAUUUCUGCUAGAGACGAAAAUAAAAAGGAGUUAAAGUACACAGAGAGAUUGGUUGAUGGAAAUCAUCAGUUUAUUAUUGCAUUCCCAAAAUCCGUAUCAACAGAAGUUUUCAUUAUUGAAGCAAUCUACACCAAGAGGUUGAUACCACAUCCCAUGGAAAUACCGCAAUCGGGUAAACAACUUGUAAGGUAUGAGGGUAAUCUCUACUUGUUUUCACCUUAUGAGACUGCUAGUCAAAAAGUAAAUGUGUUACUGAGCUCGUCUAAUAUACUUUCGCAUACCCAAGUUAAACCAUACAAUGUUGCGUCGAAUAAAAUCAAGUACGGACCUUAUGAAAAUAUAGCAGCAUUCACCAAUCAAUCGCUUAUAAUACAUUAUGAAAAUGAACGCCCCUUUUUGACUACAACGCGCCUUGAAAGAGUAAUAGAAGUAUCACAUUGGGGUAAUAUUGCGGUAAAGGAAAACAUUUUCAUGACGCACACUGGAGCAUUGCUAAAAGGAUCAUUUUCACGUUACGAAUUCCAAAAAGAUUCUCGCUCUGGUCACGCUAUUAAAUCAUACAAAACCAUAUUACCAUCAUCAGCAUCUGAUGUUUAUUACCGUGAUACAAAUGGCAAUAUUUCAACAUCAAAUAUGAAAAUAUUUCGUGACUACGUCGAACUGGAAUUACGUCCAAGAUUUCCAUUAUUCGGUGGAUGGAAAACACAAUAUACCCUUGGCUAUAAUAUGCCUUCCUUCGAAUACCUCUACAACUCAGGCGAUAAAUACUUGUUGAAAAUGCGUCUAAUUGAUCAUAUUUACAAUGAUAUGGUUAUUGAUGAGGCGGAGAUUAAAAUCAUAUUACCUGAAGGUGUUUCGAACAUCGAACUAACAACGCCUUAUACAGUGAAGAGAGGACCGAACGAAUUGCAUUAUACAUACUUAGACACCGUAGGACGGCCGGUGAUUACUUUAUCGUGUAAAAAUCUUGUAGAAAAUCAUAUUGCUAACUUCAAUUUGAAGUAUACUUUCUCAAAAAUUACCUUAUUGCAAGAACCACUUUUGGUUGUUGCAUUCUUCUUUAUCAUUUUCUUUAUUGCAAUCAUUUCAUUGCGACUUGAUUUCUCAAUUAACACUACACAUAGUCACAAAGACUAAAGAUGAAACGUUUAUACGUAAUACUACUAAAAAAA